AUGGCCGGGGGGCGGCGGGGCCCGGGAGCGCUGGCGGAGCCGCGGCGGCUGAUGCGCACCGGGCUGGGGCUGAUCGUGCUGGGCCACGGCAGCCUCGUGCUGGGCGCCAUCGUGCACGGCUCGGUGCUGCGGCACGUGGCGGGCGCCCGCCGCACCGGCACCCCCGAGUACGCGGCGGCCAACGUGGUGUCGGUGUCCUCGGGGCUGCUGAGCAUCGCCGCGGGCAUCGUCGCCAUCCUGGUGUCGCACAACCUGUCCCGGGCGGCCCUGCACUGGGCCCUGCUGAGCGUGUCUCUGCUGAACUGCCUGCUGUCCACGGCGUGCAGCGUGGGGCUGGCGCUGGCCGUGGCGCUCACGGUGCACAGCCGGGGCUCGCACCUGGUCCGGGGCUGCAACAGCUCCGCGCUGCCCCCGGACGCCCGCGCAGCCAUCGCCACCAACGACUGUCCCUUCAACACCACGCGCAUCUACGACACAGCCCUGGCUCUCUGGAUCCCGUCCCUGCUGCUGGCAGCCGCAGAAGCCGUGCUCUCGGGCAGGAGCUGUUUGGUGGCUCUGCUCUUCCGGGGCAUCGGGCCCUGCGCUCACGGCCAUGGCACACAGCAGCUGGCAAGGGCAAGUACAGCAGUGGAGAAGCCCCUCCGUGAGAAGCAGCAGCUCCUGGCAGGACUUGCUGAGUCUCCUGCGUAGCUGGAGAGGUGGUGCUGCAGGAGCGCUGUGACCCAGCAGGGGCAGGCCGAGGUGCUGUCACACCUUCUGCAGUGUCCCUGAGCAAACGGCGAGCUGCAGGGCUGAGGGGUGUGCCGUGCUCCCUCCCCACAGCUGGCACAGACCCUGCAGCUGCCCUGGGCCCCAGAUGCUCUCCCAUCCUCUCCCCAAGCUGCCAGGCCCUUCCUGGUGUCCUGAAGGCUCCGUGGGUUUUGCCAGUGAUGGGGCUGGGCAGAGGUGCUGGGGCCCAAGUCCUGGUGCUAUGGCAGGCGUGGCAGCUGGCUGUGCCUGUGCUAAGACAUGUCAGGGAACAGAAGGGGAGGAAUCCCCAUCAUGUGGAUCUCCAGUUUUCUUGAAUAAAUAAACUCCUUUUCACACUG